AUGUUUCGAGACGUAAGCUACGCUCUUCCAGGUUGUGCACACGACGCAUCAGUUCUAAAUGCUUCAGAACUCUACAGAGCUGCAAGCCAGCUAAUCCCACAGGGUUCCGAGGACAUCAACGGGACCCAAGUCCCCUACGUUAUUCUUGGAGACCCCGCGUGCCCGUUGCUUUCAUGGCUGGUCAAGCCAUUUCCACACAGCGCCAGGAUCACGCCGCAGCAGCAGCAGUUCAACGAACAUCUCAGUGCAGGAAGAGUCGUCGUUGAGCAUGCUUUUGGGAGGCUCAAGAGCCGAUGGUGCUGUGUGAUGAAGCGCACGGACAUAGAUCACAAGUUUCUCCCUACACUUGUGGCCACUGUGUGCAUUCUUCACAAUAUCUGUGAAGAAGGAAAUGGUGUUAACCCAAGCUGGUCUGCAGACAUCAGCGAAACGGAAACGAGGUUCCCUCAGUCAGCCCGCCAGGCAAACAGACAGAUGUGACCAACGGGCACAGCGGAAUGCCCUCUGCAUGUACACCGUGGCCAGAAGUGGUCAGGACACCAGGAGGGACUAACACAAGCCGCAACUACGAUGCCUUCUUAAAUAGCUUGGAAAGCUGGCCAUCAAGAAAACAGUCUUUCUUGGUGCCUUUCCUUGGCCGUUCCUGUUGAUGAGGCGGGCCUCAAGUGGACAGCAGGUGUUAUUUACUGUGCGAGCAGCAUCAGUGAACACAGUGCACAAAACAAAGUGAUAUCUUACUUUCAUUCGAAG